UGGUGAUGAGCAUGCGUAUGAUCACCGUUGCUGAAUGCUUGAUCCGCCUACUUCGACAAGAUGAUGUCCCCAAAACUGCGCAUAUUUGUCCUUUUGUUGGCUGUAUUAAGCCUAUCAAUACAUGUGGUGAGCAGCCAAGAUGACGAAGAAACUGAAGAAUCAAAUGUAGUCGAGGAAAUCGUGGAGGAGGCGUUUCAUGUGGAGGAAGAAGAUGAUGUGCUUGUACUGACUACCGACAAUUUUGAUGAUGUCGUCAACGGCGAGGACAUCAUUCUCGUGGAAUUCUACGCUCCUUGGUGUGGUCACUGCAAGACGCUAGCCCCGGAGUAUGCUGCCGCUGCCCUUGAGAUGAAGUCUGCCACUCCACCUGUGUCCCUCGCCAAGGUGGACGCAACAGAGAAUAAAGAGCUGGCCUCUCGCUUUGACGUCUCUGGUUACCCUACCUUGAAGAUCUUCAGGAAAGGGAAACCUUUUGCCUAUGAUGGACCAAGAGAAAAGAAUGGUAUUGUGCAGUUCAUGAAGAAGGAAUCUGAUCCUAACUGGACACCGCCUCCAGAAGCUGUCCUUACGCUGACCAGUGAAAACUUUGAUGACAUUGUCAAUGAAGCCGACCUCAUCCUGGUCGAAUUCUAUGCACCAUGGUGUGGCCACUGCAAGAAAAUGGCCCCGGAAUUGGAAACGGCUGCUACGGCCCUCAAGAGCAACGACCCGCCCGUCCUCAUUGCCAAGGUAGAUGCUACUGCUGAAAGUGACCUGGGCACCAGGUACGACGUGAGUGGAUAUCCUACACUCAAGAUCUUCAGGAAGGGCAAAGAAUCGGAAUACAAAGGACCCAGAGAAUCAAGAGGUAUCAUUCAGUACAUGCAGAAACAAGUUGGUGAUAGUUCUCAGCUCCUUGGCUCUACCAAAGCUCUUCGAGAGUUCCUCGCCCACCAGGACGAUGUCAGCAUCGUAGGCUUCUUCAACAGUAACCAAGAUCCUCUGUACACUACAUAUCUUGAUGCAGGCAACGGACUGAGGGAUAACUACAGAUUUGCUCAUGUGUUUGAUCAGGAUUCCAGAGACAGCUACAAGAUCAACGCUCCAUCGGUCGUUGUCUUCUUACCGGAGCGAUUCAGAUCCAAGUAUGAACCAUGGAGACAUGUCUUCACUCAGACUGAAGGUAGUGUCCAGGACCUGGAGAACUUCUACAAGGAGAACGAUGUUCCUCUGGUAGGCCAGAUGACAAAGGAAAACCGAGAAAGGCGUUACACAGACCGCCCUCAACUGGUGGCUUUCUUCUCAGUGGACUGGAGUUUCGAUCACAGAGUUGCCACCGAGAUCUAUCGUCAGAAGAUCGUGGAGGUAGCCAAGGACAAGGAAUUUGACGAGCUUCACUUCGCCAUCGCCGACGAGGAGGAGUUCGCGGCCGAGAUGAAACAGCUGGAGCUCGACGACAGCGGCGAAGACAUCAACGUUGGAAUCUUCACUGCCGAUGGACUGAGGUUCAAGCUGGAGCCUGAGGAUGACUUUGAAUCCGAUGUCCUUCGCGAGUUCAUCAGAACAUGGCAGAAUGGUGAUUUAAAGCCAGUGAUCAAGUCCCAGCCCAUCCCAAAGAAAUCCAAAGCAGCUGUCAAGACCAUCGUCGGAAAAACAUUUGAGAAAAUUGUCCUGGAUAAGUCCAAGGACGUCCUCAUCGAGUUUUAUGCACCGUGGUGCGGACAUUGUAAAAAGUUAGAUCCAGUCUACAAGAAAUUAGGCAAGAAAUUUGCAAACACCAAGAACCUCGUCAUUGCCAAAAUGGACGCUACUGCUAACGACGUCUCAAACGGCGCUUACACAACCACAGGAUUCCCGACAAUCUAUUUCUCCAAAGCAGGGGAUAAGGACAACCCUAUCAAGUUCGAAGGCGGAGAAAGGUCGCUAGAAAAAUUGAGUGAAUUUAUCGAGGAGCAUGCAACGGUCGCAGUGUUGCAGGACAGAGACGAGUUAUAGUGUGCCUUAUGUUUUGUUUUUUAGUUUGUAAUAUUCAUGUCUGAAUAAAUCUUUUCCGUGGUGAUUGACUUUUUCUAUCCUUCAACUUGAUGAAAUCAGUUUUUAGAUUAUUUAUUCUUUUCCAGUGGUUUUUUUGUACAAUAAUGGGUACUUAAUGGAGAUAUGCAUCAGUACAACAAUUUUAUAUGGUCAACAAAAGUUCCCCCAAAGAAAUAGUGAUAACUUCUCUAGAAGAAUUUCCAUCUUCAUAGUAUAUCUUAUUAUAUGUGUGUACUACUUUACAUUUUCACCUUAUAUAAGAGUAUAUCUUUAUAAUAAUAAUAAUAAUUAACCGUUCUUGUAUAGCACAUAACACAUAGUAUUAAAACAUGUCCCUAAGCGCUCUACAGAAAAACACAACAAAAUACAAAGACAAGAUGUACUGGGUAACAGACAAAAUGGAUGAAUUCAACGUUAAAUAAGUGCGUCUUUAAAGCGAUCUUAAACUUAACAAUGGAGUCAAUAUUUUUUAAAUGUUCCGGGAGAUUGUUCCACUCAAGAUUACCAUUCAACUUAUUUUUGAAGAAAAAUAAUAACUUCAUCUGAAAUAUUAAUAAUAUCACGUUUAUAUUCUUCCCAUCUAUUCAUACUCACCGUCAACAUAAUAUGAAAUGGUUGGAAUGUACAUUUUUAGUGUGAAAUAACAAUUUUCAGGAAUACAAUAGUACAUGUGAUAGCAAUAUUAUUUCAGUAUGCAACAUAGAAAUGAGUCACAAGUUCAAUUUACGAAUUAACCAUUAAUCCAGAAUGCAGCGAAAUAAUUUCCCUAAGUUUUUAAAACAUUCUUGUAUUCUUGUAAAGUUUGGAGACAUUAAAGGAAAUUAAUGCCAGUAUUAGAAGGAGACUUAUUUGUACAUGUACGUUGUUACAAUAUGUAGACUUUUCCCUUUUACUUUCAAGUAGGAAUCAUGAUUAUUUUUGAGAAGUUUGAAAUGUUACAUAAUGAUUGUCAUUGCAUUUGAUGCAUAAGUUGUACAAAUUUGGUUAGUAAUUGUCAGAAUCCACCAAAAAGCUGCAUACCAUAAUAAUACCUCCUAACCUGCCCAGAUCCUGGCAAGUUAAGUUGAAACGUAAAAAAUUAAUCCAGAGUUCUGGUUGUUGCCUGAAUUAUCAUGCUGCAGAAUCGGGCUAAAUUAUUUAUGACUAGAAAUAUGUCUGUUUGAUCAUUUGAUGGUUUUAGUGGAACAAGAUAUAAGAACUGAGCUGAUGUGUCGACACAUUGAAAAUAAUCUUGAGUUUUGGUAUUUGUUCAAGGCUUUGCAAUGAUUUUAAGUGGAAAAUGUGUGUAAGAGCUGAGCAAUACCUAAGCAAAGAACUGGAAGAAACUGAUACACAACUGAGGAGUCAUGGUCCCAUACAUUCUUCAGUGUGUCAUGCUUUAAGUGAAUGAUAUUUCCAGCAACUUUUCAUUCAUAUUUGUACAUUUUUCAGGUCAAAUAACCCCAGUCUUCUAGGUAACAAUUUACCGGUUCAAGCCAUUUAUGUCAAAGUGUACUUUUGUUUCAAAAAUCAAGAUGAUGUCAGAAACUCUGUCCCAUUCUUGUACAGCUGUUCAUGGUAUGAAUGUGAUUUGGAAUUGCAUAUUUUUCUUUUAAAGAACGUCUUGUGCUAAAAUAGCACACAUUCCAAUUUUUUAGUUACAUCUCCUGCCAAUUGUUUGAAUAUAACAUUGGAUGUUAUAUUAAAAGUAUAAAUGUGUUUCUUGUAAUAUUCCUAAUUAACACCAACUCUAAAUAUGUGGUUUCAUUUGUACUUGUAUAAAGCAAUAAUUUGCGCAAAUGGUGUGCAAAGAAAGGGUAAUAAAGUAUAUUUGAUUGGUUGAUUGAAUAAAGAA